AGCAGCCCCCCGAUCGCACUGCAAUCGAGUCUCUGCUUUUGCUGUCUAUCCCAGCAGUUGCACAGAGUCGCCGUCAUGAUCCUCCCCAAGGUCUUCCUCCCCCUCUCUCUAGCCCUAACGGGUGCAUUGUCCGCCACAGUCCCCGAGACGGACUUUGAUGUCAUUGUCGUCGGUGGUGGACCUGCAGGGCUGAGUGCCCUCAGUGGUCUGUCUCGUGUGCGUCGGACAGCUGCGCUCUUUGACUCGCACCAGUACCGUAAUGAUCCGACGCGGGAGAUGCAUGAUGUUAUUGGGAAUGAUGGAACACCCCCGGCCCUCUUCCGCGCCGCCGCCCGCUCCCGAAUCUCCAACUACAGCACCGCAACCUUCAUCGACAACGCCAUAGCAUCCAUCACCCCGCUGGAAAUCGCAGACAGCGCCAACAACUACACGACCCUCUUCCGCGCAACAGACAGCACGGGCACAGCAUACACCGCACGUAAAGUCAUCCUCGCAACAGGGCUCAUCGACGUCCUCCCCUCAACCCCGGGCCUCGUCGAGGGCUUCGGCAAGGGCAUCUUCUGGUGUCCCUGGUGCGACGGGUACGAGCACCGCGACCAGCCCUUUGGGAUACUGGGGUCGCUGGAUCAUAUUGUUUCGAGUUUGCUCGAGGUCACGACGCUGAAUACCGAUAUCAUUGCGUUUGUCAACGGGACGUAUACCGAUGAGACCGUCGGUGUGUUGGAAACUCAGUACCCGGACUGGCGCGCACAGAUCGCAGCGUAUAACGUCCGCAUCGAAAACCGGACCAUCGCAUCCUUCACCCGUCUGCAGGACGGCGGCGAGGUGCAAAACGAAGCGCACGAUCAACAGCUCGAUAUCUUCCGUGUGGACUUCACCGAGGGCGAGCCCGUGAUUCGGAAUGCGUUCCUGACGAAUUUCGGGACGGCGCAGCGCUCGUCUCUACCCUAUGAUCUGGACCUCGUCAUGACGGACGACGGGAAGAUCGACACGAGCAGUUACUCGGGGAUGCGGACGAGUCUGGCGGGCGUCUUUGCAAUCGGGGAUUGUAAUAGUGAUGGGAGCACGAAUGUGCCGCAUGCGAUGUUUAGUGGGAAGCGCGCGGCGGUUUUCGGGCAUGUCGAGCUUGCGCGCGAAGACAUGGCUGCGAAGAUCGCGAAGCGUUCUAUCUCGGCACGGGCAUUGCAGAAGGAGGCUGAGCGGGCGAUCGGGGAUGGGUUGGAGAGGAUUUGGGAGGCGGUUAAGCCUUGA